AUGGCUGAAGGAGAUUAUAAUAUGCCAUCGCGCAAUGAUGAUGGUGAUCGAAUACAGCAGCCAGAACAACAAGGUAGCGCGUUGGCCCAUGAAGAAGAAUUAGCAAGUAGAACUCUUCAUAUACAAUCGAAACGUUUUUAUUUGGAUGUUAAACAAAAUCGACGUGGUAGAUUUUUAAAAAUAGCUGAAGUUAGUUCCGGUGGUCGUAAAAGUCGUAUAUUAAUGUCAAUGAAUAUUGCAAGUGAAUUACGUGAUAAUUUACAAUCCUUUGAUGCAUAUCUUCGUACACUAGAUGAACAAUCCGUUACUACUGAUCAACUUCGAUCAGCUGUUAUAUCACGUGAUGAUCGAAAAUAUUAUCUUGAUUUAAAAGAAAAUGAACGUGGAAGAUUUUUACGUAUUUCAAUGGUUGGAAUUAAUACACCACGAACACAAAUUGCUAUACCAGCACAAGGUAUACAAGAAUUAUGUGAAACAUUAACAAGUUUAAUUGAAGAAUUUGGAAAUGAAGAUGAUCAUGAUAGUAUUGAAUCAUUACCUGCAAUAGAACCAACCGAAUUACCUGAAAGUAAAUAUCUUCGUGUCGGAAAUAAAAGUUUUUAUUUUGAUAGUGGUUCAAAUAAUCGUGGUAUUUUCUUACGUAUAUCAGAAGUUCGUCCUAAUUAUCGAACAGCUAUUACAAUACCAGAAAAAGUCUGGUCUCAUUUUCGCGAUAAUAUUAAUGAUUUUAUUCUUACAAUGAAUAAUCAACGAAAUAAUACAACAUCAACAAUAGAUAGUUCUCCUUUAAAUACUGGUGAAAGUUCACCCAGUGGUAUAAAUGAAGAGAAAAAAUAA